AUGAUUGAAAUAACUGCCAAAUUGCUCGGAGGGACGGUAUAUGCUCCUGGUGAAAACAUCCUCUGCUGUAUCACUUUCCAAAAUAAAAGUGAAGGGUCUGAAAGAAGACAUAAAGAAACAUUAGCCUGGGCCAGUGCACAAAUUGAUUGUGUUUGUUCUACCAAUUCCAAAUACCCAGUGUUUCCAAAGGAGGGCUCUAAUUCUAAUCAAAACCCUACAUCAUCAGUAGACACCUGCUUAAGACCUCAUAAGAGUAAUGAAAGAGGUCACAUUGCUUUAUCUACAAAACCAAAAAUAAUUUUUUGUGAUCUACAAUUAACACCUGGAGCUUCCAAAUCCUUUAUAUAUACCGAAGCCCUUCCUCCUGAAGCACCUCCUCAUUAUUUAGGAAAACUGGUGAGAUAUACUUACAAAAUAACAUUUGGAACUCAACGUGUAAAUUGUCCUAUCAAAUUGCUAAGGGUGCCUCUACGCGUAUUGGCUAUUGCAGGAAUGGCAGAUUGUAAUAUCGGUGAAGAUAGUGAGGAUCUAUCUCCUAACAAUCCUUUCUUGGAGCCUCAUAAAAAAGAAAAUGAAUUAGGACCAGCUUUACAGAUUGUGCAGAAUAUUACUGCUAGGAGAAGCCCUAAUUAUUAUAAUAUCACCAAUACCAGGGGGAAAGUUGGUAGAUUUUGCUUGUUCAAACAAGCUUAUCGUUUAGGAGAAGAUAUUGUUGGAACAUUUGACUUUUCAAAGUCUACUGUACCUUGCCUACAGUUAACAGUUACUUUGCAAAGUGAGGAAAAAAUUUCUGGAGAUUACAAGUCUCAUUUCAAACAGGACACUGCAGUGAUCUCUUAUAGUAAGCACCAUGAAAUAUGCCUCCAUAUGGAUUAUUGCCAAUUAAAUCUUCCAAUACCUUUGCAUGCGACACCAGCAUUCAAUACAGAAUUGAUUACUUUGAGUUGGAAAUUACAUUUUGAAUUUGUGACUGGGCACCCUGGUUCCAAGGACAUUGUUUUAGCAGAUGAUGAUACCUGGCAAGCACCAGAAUCAAUAAUGAUAGAAACAAUGGUUUGGGACUUGCCUAUUCAAAUUUAUCCAACUAUACCUACUCCAGAGAGGACUCAUCCACAAUACAGGUGUAGGGUGGCAGAAUGGGCUAACGUGUGCACAGGAUCGCGAGUUGCUCGGCUGCCAGAUAACCAAGUUUUGAGAUUGGAAAAAGUACGAGUUCGCGUCCCGGUGCCAGAGGGAAUUUUAAAUUCUGUGUCUUCACCCUGCGGCCCGGGAAAGUGCUGUAUAGUGCCUAAAAGGCAAGGUCUGUUAGACGUACUCAACAGAGGUUAUUACCUCAUCAAGUAUUAA